AUGCCGAACCCCUUUGGCAUGUUUGGGUCAGAGCCAGGGCCGUCUUCCGCGUCAACGCCACAGACCCGGUCCACGUCGCCCAAUCCAGCCCAGACAUCCCAACAACUUCGCCGCCCAGCGUCUCAUGGUCGUCUAUCCAAACUCAUGCUUCCCGGAAGGUCGCGUAGCAACUCGGCUGCUUCUCAGGAGGCUGUGACAGGCUCUCUUGCCGUCAACGUGUAUGCAGACGACCAGGUUACCAGCGGACGUACCACGCCCGAGCAGCGUCGCCGCAACGCCAAGGCAGCGACCCAGAGCCUCCUGGCGAGCGAUGCGAAAUACAAGAAGUUUGCCAGUCAGGUCGACCGCUGUCUCCAGUCAUUUGAGAGCGUCAACGAAUGGGCCGACUUUAUUUCGUUCCUGUCGAGGCUCCUCAAGACGCUUCAAACACCUUCUCCACCUUACAGCGAGAUUCCUCGCAAGCUGAUUGUCGCCAAGCGUCUCGCUCAAUGCCUUAACCCUGCUCUUCCCGCUGGUGUUCACACGCGUGCAUUGGACGUCUACGCUUAUGUAUUCAAGAGCAUUGGAGUGGAAGGACUCAAGCGCGACCUCCUCAUCUGGUCGUCGGGCCUCUUCCCGUUCUUCCAGUACGCCUCGACCUCGGUCCGCCCGUCCCUUAUCAGUCUGUACGAGACGUACUACAUUCCGUUGGGCGAGGACCUGCGGCCGGCCACAAAGGCCAUGAUCCUGGCCCUGUUGCCAGGUGUGGAGGAGGAGACGGGCGAUUUCUUUGACAGGGUUCUCGCACUCCUCACUAACCUCUCGGACGCCGUGUCAUGGCAGUUCUUUAUCCAGAACAUCUUCCUCGUCCUCAUCUCGAGUUCAGCCUCACGUCUUGCCGCUCUCAAUUUCCUAGCAAGGAAGCUCCUCGACCCACCCACCGAUGCCUCCAGCGUAGAAGUCGGCCUGUUGAUACGUGGCACCGCUGCAGUGUUGGGAGACGACAACAUGCUGGUGCGCCGCAGCGGUCUUGACCUGUUACUACGAAUCUUGCCUCUCGACGGUCCUAUCUUCAAGGAUGCGAUCCAUGAAGACCGCGAGCACCUCGUCCGGGCCGUCGCAUUCGUCGUCCUGCAGCGUGAUGUGUCGCUCAACCGCCGAGUAUACACUUGGUUCCUCAGUGGAAACGAUACAUCCGAAAGUCAGAUUGCCUACUUUAAAACAAACGGGCUCGAUCUUUUAAGCGGGACUCUCAAGGGGGACAUGGAAAAGCUCUCUGCGGCAGCGGACAUGGCCGAGGCGCAGGCGCCGUUCAAGGUCUUCCUUUCCCUCCUUGACAAGUGGGAGAUUGGAGAAACCCUAUCACUCAACCUUGCCAUUCCCUCUCUUCAUGCGAUCCAAGCAGCUUCAAAGGGAGUAGAUGGCAGCGAGGUCGCUGGAAUUGGGUCUGCCGUGUACGAGGCAAUUGAACCGAGCGUCUUGUGGAAGAAAAUAUACGAGGGGGUCGACAAGGAACUGGUCAAUGGCGAUACAAAUCUUCUCAACCUCACUCUGUGGCUGGUCACGGCAAUCCCACAGCACGAUGAGGAAACCGCCACUGUCCAUGCACCUCUCCUCCUCGCUCGUAUCGCCCGCUGCCUCUCUGAGCAGCCCAAGAAGGAGGUCUUGCAGGCAAGCCUGCAAGUCGCCAAUGCUCUGCUCGAAAUGAUACCCGACUCGGUCUUUAGCCCCCCUUCCUCCGACGGUGCCGUGCCCAAUGGCAACACACAGUCGGCUGAGGAGCUGGCGUACACCGAAGUCAAGCUUGCGGCCGCAGCCAUGAAGGUCCGCAUCGACGUCGCACCACAACUCGUUACUGCUAUCUUCAAGAUCUCGCAGGAGGCACUGAAGGCUCCUUGGAGCUCCAACUUGCUCCUUCUUGUCGUCAGCCUCACGCAGACAUUGAUAGAUCGCGAGGUUCCCUCGCUCUCGACGGUUGACAGCGUCACUUGGGUUGCAGCUCUGUUGACGGCAUUGGAGCGGAUUCCCUCGUUUGCGGUUGUGGAUGCCCUUGUCGACGCAGCUCUCAGGGCCAGUCGGUCACAGCUGUUCGAGCCCCCCAUCGACAUCACCUCUGAUUCUGUCAUGACUACUGUGCUCGACUCUCUCUUCCGUUACCUCCGUCCUGACGCGGCCCCGUACCAUGCGCGUGCGGUGGAACUCCUUUGGGAGUACAACCAGCUUGCGGAAAUCCAUACUCUCGAGAGUGUUAUUGCGCGCCGGAUGUCCUCUGUGCGGCAUCGCAGCGAGGCGUUCGAGGCUUUUGGCGUGCUCUGGCGCCAGUCUGGUGAGCGGAAGUCGCAGGGCCUGACGCUGACUGAAGACGAUUCGAUGCUCCCUGGUGAAAUUUUCCACGUCCCCAUGUUCAUGGUUCUCGACGGUCUGAAGAGCGACGACCCUCAGGUCCUGCGCGCUUCAGAGACUUGGAUGCGCUGCAACCUGAAGUCCUACUUCCGCAUGUUUGACCCGCUACUUCGUCGAGUCAUGGACGUCAUGCACCUGCAUCAGGGCAACAAGAAGGGUGGCGACUCGUCACUUGUCUACUACUUUGUUUCAAGUGUCACGAGUCUUUUCCGCUUUGGCGGCCAGGGCCUUAGUAAGGCAUGCCAGUCGACCGAAUUCCGCAAAUCGGUCAACGCCAUGUUUGUCUCGCGAGCGGAAGAGUCCUUCCCUCAUGCUGUCACCUACCUGGACCUCUUGACCGAUCUCCUUACAAGGUUGUUGAACGACACCCCGAACGAGAACCAGACCCUUCGGGUCCAGUCUGCUGCCCUCGAGCUACUGCUUCUCCUCGUCAGCCGCGGUGACUUGACGCCCAAGUCUCUCGAGCACAUCAAGUCUACUUUGGUCGACAAGCUCACUUUCUGUACCCAGCAUCGCCGCCUUACGCUCCAGAACACCAUGCUCCACCUCCUCCACUCGACCAUCUCCGCGAGUGAAAAGCGUCCUCGCAACCACCGUGUCACCUCGUCGACGUUCUCCAUUCCGGAAAAGUCGCCACCUCUGCCCGAUAACGAGGUUGAGUUUGACAAUUCUCUCAUCCGCAUGAUCAUUUGUGGUGUCGCAUCCCCAGGCAACCGCCCGAUUCUUCAACACUGGAUCGACUUCGUCCUCAUGACAAUCCCACAUCUCGAGAAGAAUCCCCAGCAGCUUCGCCAGCUGUGUGACUGUUUCUGCGAGCAGCUGCGCAUGACCAUGCUCCAGCUGCGUAACACCUUCUCCACUGCCACUAGCGACGACAUGGCUGCUACUAUUACCGAGUCUGAGCCAAUCAUGCUUAUUGGUGUUUUGGAGCGACUGGCGGUCGUCCUUGGUAGCAAGGCGGGUACCCGCCGAAGCGAGGACCGCGAACGGCAGGCAGGCGAUGGAGGCGGCUUCCUUGGCUACCUGCCAACAGUGUUCUCCGUUGAGGCGCCACAGGAUUCAGCAUCGAAAUGCGAAGCUGCCCGAUACCUCGACGAUAUUAUGGACUGUCUCCUUGUGACAUGGUCUGUGACCGAGCUCGGUGCCGAGCCCACAACGUAUAACCCUGUCACUGCCUCCAAGACCCAGAUCAUGACACGCACUCGUACUCGAGCUCGCAAGGCGCUGGAGAAGAUGUUCAAGGCUCAGCCAUCCGAGAUCAUCGGCAGCUGCGUGCAGGUGUGGGCCACCGACUCGAGCGACAUUUCCGACGCUGCCAUCUUUGACUGUCUCGAUGUGCUUGCUCCCAGCGCUCAAAAGGUCGUGGACCUUGUGUGCGAGCACUUGAGUGGAAAGGGUCGUGGUUCCAUCUCGGACAGCUCCAAUCCUGCCUUGGCCGCCUUCCUUGAAGCAUACAUUAGCCGUCUCGAGGGCCCGAUUGCGGUACAGGUCUGGAACGCGCUGUACAGCUAUGCGCGUGACAUUCUCGGCCAGUCAAGUAACCCCGCUGCGCGGUCGCAGCUUUUCUCGGUGUUGAGGGGCCUUACCAUCCUUGGCAAGAUCGUGUCUACCACCAGUGCCCUCGAAGACCGCCGACUGCGGCGUGACCUCCAAGACACAUACGUCAAGGUGCUUGAUGCCGUCCUCGUCAACUCGUCGCGGUUGGGAGACAGUGUGCUCUGGGACAGGGAUACCCCUGUGGAGAUUCCCAACACUGAGGACGAGCGAACAUCACUUACUGCCCGCGGUGUUCAAAAGAUCUACUCUUUCAUUGGUGGCACCGUUCUUCAGAGUUUGCGCACCUUCCUGGUCGAGAAUGACCGUGUCGCGUCUGCAUGCUCGGGCAUCUCGUCCAACAUUAUCCAACCAGCGUUCAAGCAGCAAAAGGUCGACACUACCAUCUUGAACCUCUUGCGAGAGAUGGCCAAGAUUCCGGUGGCCAUCAAGUCUUGGCGCGUUGUAGUGGGCGACGCAUUUGGCGACAACCGCUUCUUCAAGAUCACACCAGAGGAGUCGGCACAGUGGAAGCCACUGGUGUGCGCUCUCAUGGACAGCGACAAAGAGAGGCUUGGCGACCUACUCGGACGCAUUGCAGCUGGCCCAUCGGCCAACAUCUUCACGAACCGCGAGCAAGAGACCAUCUCGCGCUCCCUCAACCUCCGCCGUUUGUCAUUUGUUCUUCUCGCAGCCGAGCGUAACCACCAUCUCGCCCAACUGCCCAGCAUCCAGGAGAAGCUCGUCGAAAUCUUGCGUACCAACGUCGUUGCUCCACGCGUGCAUUCCGAGGUUUACCUCUGCCUGCGCGUGUUGAUGUGCCGUAUCAGUCCCCAACACCUGGCAAACUUCUGGCCCGUGAUCCUCGCCGAGCUCCUGCGCGUCUUCGAGUCGACAAUGGACGACCCACCAGUCGACGGAUCCGAAGACCUCGCGCUCGUGCUGGCCGCGUGCAAGUUUUUGGAUCUCUUGCUUGUCAUCCAGUCUGAGGACUUCCAAAUCCAUCAAUGGAUCUUUGUUACCGACACGACGGAUGCCGAGUUCCCUCCGGAGGACUACAGCCCCGAGGCGCUCAUGGACCGUCUCACGGACAUCCUUGCCCAGGCGGGCACCGUCAAGCCGGUCGCCAACGCCGUGGAGAUCCAGACCAACGACUCGUCUGCACCGCGCAAGCCUCAUCUCGCCAACGUCAAGGCUCUCAGCAGCCUGCAGCAGCUGCAGCCCUUCUUUGCACGUGCGAGCAUUGAGACGUUUGAAGGCGUGUACGCCGACGUUGGCGUGGACUGGGACACGAUCGAGGAGGGACUGACGGGCGAGAUUUUCGAAGGGGAGAAGGAGCAGGGAGACAAGGAGAAGGUGGACGCCUGA